UUGACUCACUUAAUCUUUAAAACAGCCCUACCAGGUAAGUACUGUUAUCGUUACUAUUUCAUAGGUGAGAAAAGCAAGACUCAGAAAAGAUAGGUCAUUUGCCUGAAAUUAUACAGCUAAGCUAAUAGCAGAGCGGAGAUUCAAAUCUACACUUGCUUCUGAGCUCCCACAUGGAACCACUAUGAUGUUCUUUCUUGAGAGACCCUUGGCAUACUUUCUGGACUUAGGUAACUCACCUCGUGGCUAUUCUCUGAUCUCACAAGAUUUUCCUAUCAUUUCAAAGACGAAAAACAAAUUAGGUACAGUAAUUCUUCUGAAAUAUACUUUCUCAUCAACAGGAAUCUGAUCUGUGAAAACCUAGAAGGUUUAAGAGACUAACAUGUGCUCUCCUGCAAGUUCCAAAAUCCUAUACAGGAACCCCCGGUUUCUCCGGUUAGCUUUUCUGCAGCUUCAUCACCAGCAACAGACUGGUGUGUUCUGUGAUGUCCUUCUGCAGGCAGAAGGUGAGGCAGUCCCAGCCCAUUGCUGCAUCCUGUCAGCCUGCAGCCCCUUCUUCACAGAGCGUCUGGAGCGGGAGAGGCCAGCUCAGGGUCGGAAGGUGGUGCUGGAGCUGGGGGGCUUGAAGAUCAGGACACUGAGGAAGCUGGUGGACUUCUUAUAUACCUCAGAGAUGGAAGUAUCUCGAGAAGAAGCCCAGGAUGUGCUUUCUGCUGCCCGUCAGCUCCGUGUAUCUGAGCUAGAAUCCCUUCAACUAGAGGGUGGGAAGUUGGUAAAGGCCCCCCAGGGCCGAAGACUGAACCGGGAGUGCUUACAGCCUCCAAGUGCUGCACCAAUCUCUGCCAGGGUGGUGGCAUCCAGCCGCCGACCUCGAACUCCACUCCCUGCGACCCAGACUCCUUGUCCUCUUGGGCCAGUGAGAUUAAAGUCCUCGGGGAAGGAGGAGGGGCCCUUGGAGAAAAGCAACAGACAGAAUGCAGAGAACUUGUCCGGCAAUCUUCUGCUCAAGAAGAAGGCCAGAGCUUGCCCAAUUCCACAAGAAAAGUGUUCUUCACCAUCAGGCCACAGCCAGGGACCAAAAGAGAGUAAGAGUGACCCUGCCCUUGCUCCUACGGCACUUUCCCCACCCAGUAUGUACCCCUCUGUGGAUGAGCGGCUAUUGCCCAGAAAGAUCAGACUGAGUCGCUCAAAGCCAUCUCCUGAUAUCUGUACAUCUAAGCCUUCCAGCAUGGUAAGCGGACCCAGCUCAGUACCCACAGUCCCUGGCCGGCGUCUUUGGCGGCAGAAGAGUAUAAAUAAAGUACCAGAAGACAAGGAGAAACCAGGGAGAGCUAGUCCUCUACAGAGCAUCCCAAGCCCAUCUGGUCUUGGAAAGACAGGUGGGAGCAAGAAGAGGAGCCCUGAAGUCAGGGCACCUAACUCAGACUCUGCAGAAGAGGGGCAGGUUGGAAGAGUGAAGCUUCGGAAGAUUGUCAAUGGAACAUGCUGGGAGGUGGUACAAGACCCUCCCCUCAAAAACUCUCAAGAUAGCCCUCAGAUCCCAGAAUCUCAAUACCCAGAAGAGCCUGCAAGUACUCAGCCAUCCUCACUUAAUGAGCUGGAAACAUCAUCUGCUAGGGUAGACCUGUGUCAGGACUCCCCCAUGUGCCCUAGGCUACAAGACAUUCUGUUAUCUGCUAGCCACUCCCCAGACCACCCAGUGGUGAAAUCCGAGUUUGGGUCCAGUCUAGAGCUGGUAGGGAAGGAACCUGGGCUGGAUAUUGACUGCCGAGAGCCCUAUGCAUUUGACACAGCCCUGCUGGGGCAGCCCUGCGAAGCUGAGGAGUACCGUAUCACAAGUGCUGCUGCCACCAGUGAGCUGGAGGAGAUCCUAGACUUCAUGCUGUGUGGCUCAGACAUUGAGCCACCCAUAGGGUCUCUGGAAAGUCCUGAAGCCGAGGGCUGCAGGACCCCUAGCUAUCACCUGACAGAAACAGGAAAGGACUGGAUUGAAGGGGAGGAAUGGUGUUUGCCAGACAUGGAACUCUGGCCCAGGGAGCUCUCAGGAUUGGAAAAAGAACCUGUUGAUGAGAACAAAGAGCCAAUUGAGCCCUUUAGCCCCCUUGUCAUGCACUCUGAGAACAAAGAGCCCAUCGAGUCCCUUAGCCCCCUUGUCUUACCCUCUGAGGUAAGUGAAGGGGAGGUACUUUCAGUAGGAGGCUCUUGGACUCCAGAUCUGGAAAUUACCAGCUCCCAACCACUGGAUGGUCAGAGAGAGAAGCUUCACAUGGACUCUCUUGACCUUCCCCAAAGGUCCUAUGAGGAUCUCUCACCUCCCUGUUCAAACUGGAUGGACACUAGGCCAGAAGUGUCCCUAAGUAUGGAUGAGGUAUUAUAUCCUGCUCCAGAAGCAGGCAAGGAGCUACUUGGCAACUCUGAAUUGUUGGACCCGCUUCCUGCCAGCUCCGAAGAGGAAGAGAUUGAUGUAGUGGACUGGACAUCAGAGGGGAGGCUGGUGCCCACUGGUAUUCCCUCUGUGUGGCCCGACCCCUCCUCAGAGUCAGACACAGAGGUAGACAUAUUAACGUAG